UUAACUUUUAAAGGCAUUAAAUGUUGUUUACUGUUUUUUUCAUUAGGAUUGCCACAUUUGUAGGCUUACGUUCCUUAAAUGUAUUAUUUUAUUAAUUUUUUUUACUUUAUAAACUCUCGUUUGGCAUUUCAAAACUUUUUUUUUAUCUGGCUAAACAACAAGGAUAUGACAGUAUUAGUUAUGUGACAACUUUUCCUUUAAAAGACCACCUGUGUACCAAAGGCUUUUUAAAAAGGGAGAAAAAAAGCGACGGUUAGAAAAUCCAAACAAACAGAUUUUCAUUCUAUUCUACCAUUCUAAGGAUUAGCACAGAGGAUGGGGUUCUUUGCUAACACUUUGCGGUUUAACUAUCCUGUUGUCGCUGUUAAGUAAAUUAGGGAGGGAAAGAACAUUUUUGAGGACUGUUGAAAAUACGCCCUCAGAGUGUUUAUUACUUUGAGUAUUUUAUACUUUUCUUAAAAAUGUUGUUAAUGUCGUUUUCGAUUGGUUUCACUCAAAAAUUCACUCAUUCUGAAAUCGAAUGGAACAGGUCAAAUCGCUUCCACUCAGUUCUGUUUUUUUGUGUUUGUGUGAAAUUUCAAAUGUCAAAUAUCUGAUUUUUCUUUCAAAAAUCCUCAAAAUUCGAAAUAUAUUAUUUGUUUUCUUGCAAACGAAAGACAUGGCAUUAGACUUAAAAAAUUAUAAGCUAAUGAUCGAAGAAAAUGGUAAUGUGCAACAGUUUGGUGGGGAAGUUGUUCUGCAAAACAUUUUAACUCAUGAACUUUUUUCGGCACCUUUUGAAGAGGUCGCGGGUUUUUACAACCUUCAGAAAGAAAGUAACGAAGAAGCAGGAGAAGUUCGGAACGAAAACAUUUCAGAAGUUUUCAAGUGGUCCGAUUCACAAACUGAACUCUUAUUAGAGUUAUACGAAGAAAAUAGUAAUUUGGUUGGACCAAUGAAAAAACACCGAAACAAAAAAUAUAUGUGGUCGUACAUAGCAGAGGAAUUAUUGAAAAGUGGAGUGAGGGUAUCGGCAGAUCAAGUUGAAGGUAGGUUCAAAACGGUGCUAAAAAAAACGAAGCUCGUUUUUAAAAAUAAUCAAACGACGGGGGCGGUGCGGAAAGAUAUUCCCUUUCCAAAUAUAAUGCAGAAAAUUAAAGGGAAUGAUGAUUCCAUAUACCCAGAAGUGUUCAUCGGCCCCAAUCGAAUGGUGAAGAAAAACUAUUCGUGCAUGAGCCUACCUUCAACUUCAAGACAAGCUUCGCCCCCACUCCCACUACAAAACUCUCCAUGUGAUGUAUCCGAGAAUCGCUCUAUAAAUGUCGAGAUUCAAAAUGAAGAUGAAAUUCCGGAACUUCUUCCGACCGAAGAUCCUCCAGCAAAAAAGAAAAAAAAAUGUUUUAAUGAAAGAAUGGUUCUGAUGCUUCUUCAGGAUAAAGAACGUCGUUCCCUACGCAAGGAAGAGAAUAAAGCAAAACGGCACAGUGAGCGUAUGGAACUGUUGUCAAAACACUUCCAAUGUUCGAAAUAAUUGUUUCUUGUUAUGUUGUUAUGUUUAUCGUUAUUUUUUAGGUUUGUUUCUUUAUUGGUAAGUGUUGUUUCUUGAACUAGUUUUAGUCUUUGUUUACUUCUAUUUAUUUUAAAUAAUGUGUAAGCUGUUUUGUUGUUUUUGGUAAUUAAGUAUUUUUUAUUAAUAAAUGAAUAAAAACAUAAUUAAAAACUAUCUGCAACUUGGUUUCUUUUAUUCUCUCCCACUCGCUGCAAGCUGGAAUCACUUUGCUGGAUAACAAUUUCAGUAUCAUCACUUGAAUCCAUUGGAGUGUCUAGACUUUGAACACUCCAUUCGUCUCCCCCAUCGAUGCACAUGUUGUGCAAUACGCAGCAAGCAAGAAUAAAUUUACACAUUCUUUCAACUGUGUGAAAGUCCAGCCGCAUAAGUUGCCGGAACCUUGUUUUGAGAAAGGCAAAAGAAUUUUCAAUUGUUACUCUUGUUUGGCUUAACUUUUUAUUGUAUUUUCUUCGUCUUUCCGUCAUGUUUCCGGUAUCUUUGAAUGGUGUCAAAAGAUAUUCCCUUAAAGGAUAAGCCGCGUCUCCCAAAAUAUGAUACUCGGAUCCGCAAAGUUGUGGCAAUUCCUUGCUUAUGAAUGAAAGUUGAAAAAUUCGUGCAUCAUGAAUUUUACUAGGGGCACCAACAAAGACAUCGGUAUAGCGAGUAUCUGCAUCACAAAUAUACCUUGGAAGGUAAGGGAUAACAGAUUGUGCCUGUUAACAUACGUUGACCUGAUUUUGUUUGCAGGUUUUCGUAUGUAUAUAUAUCACCCAUCCACGCAUCCAAGUACCUUUGGAAAACCUGCAAUCUUAAGAGGUGAAAUUUAAAUGCAUUAUCUUGAUUAAUAAGGUAAAUAUUAUAUAUCUUAUCUACCUGUUCAAAUUUAGAAGCAACUUGAAGCUUUUCUUGUUCGGUUUUUGGGAAUUUUAUGUAGUUGGGUGAACACUUGAAAAAAAAAUUCCAGCACAUUAGAUAUUAUCCUAUAAACGCUGGAAAUCGCAACACCAAAUAAAUUGGCCACUUCCCUGUAUGAAUUUUUAUUUCCAGCAAACCAGAGGAAAAUAUACAUUUGUGUUUUGGCAGAUAUUUCUUUUUUGCCUCCGCCACUCUCUUUCCUUUCAAAAAAAGCAGACUCCUCAUACCGGACAACUAUACUUUCAGCUGUAGCUCUUCGAAGUCGAAAUUGUUCACGGAACUGCAAAGUAAUGAUGCAAAUAAAUAGAUUUUAAAAUAAAAUUUUAAGUUCGUAAUUACCUCUUCGUCGGAGUAAAGCUCCACAACAUCAAGAAAGUUGCGAACUCUUUUUUUAUUGUUGGCCGUUCUUAGAAGAAAUUGGGUUAUGAACUCAUCAUCUGAUGAAGACGACGAUGAAGAAGAUGAUGAUAAUAAAUCAUUCCAUUGCAUAAAUGUAUCCAUUUUUAUUUUUUAAUUAAUUUCAA